AUGGCGACAGCGGCACAGAAAAAGAUGUUUGUCCCUCUGGAGAACAAUCCAGAGGUGAUGAGCAACCUGGUCCACGAACUCGGCCUGUCCCCCUCUCUGCAAUUCCACGACGUCUAUUCCCUCGACGAACCGGCCCUGCUGGACUUCCUCCCCCGACCGGCCAUCGCCCUGCUCCUCGUCUUCCCCGUGACAGGGACGUACGAGAAGUUUCGAGCGGAAGAGGACUCGGCACGCGACGAGUACACGGGGUCGGGUGACCAGGAGCCCGUGGUGUGGUUCAAGCAGACGAUCGGCAAUGCGUGUGGGCUGAUCGGGUUGCUCCACGCCAUCACCAACGGCGAGGCGCGGUCCAACAUCAUCGAGGGCAGCGAUCUCGAGAAACUGCUCAAAGAAGCCCUCCCGCUCAAGCCCGCCGACCGCGCGGACCUCCUCUACAACAGUCCCACGCUCGAGGCCGCCCACGCGACCGCCGCGGCAAAGGGCGACACCGAGGCUCCCCAGGCCGAGGCGAACGUGGACCUGCACUUUGUCGCGUUCGUCAAGGACAAGGAGGGAUAUCUGUGGGAGAUGGACGGGUCGAGAAAGGGUCCGCUGAAGAGAGGCUUCUUGGGACCGGACGACGAUGUGUUGAGUCCAAAGGGUCAGGAGUUGGGGGUCAAGGCUUUUCUGAAGAGAGAGGAAGAGGCGGGCGGCGGGGAGCUGCGGUUCAGCGUUCUCAUGCUGGGUCCGAGUUUUGAUGGAUGA